AUGGACCAUGUCGCUAGGAUCUCCCAGCAAAACUCCCAGAAUGACGAGUCCGACGUUGAAGCUGGGUAUGGACCCUUGUACGCCGUUGCGACCUUCCGUGUCAGCAGGGACUUAGAUGGCCAACAGGCCUAUAUGCUCGUCUACCUACAAGUUCCCCAUCAAGGAACCGAGUUCUUCCCACUUAAUGAGCGAGCUAAGCAGGUCGCUGCUAGAGGCCACUGCAAGGUCGAAGCUAUCAAGGCCUUCCACAAAAAAUAUUCGACUAUUACACCUGCUCUCCUUGGAAUAAAAGAGGAUGUCCAGGACCAACAAGGGGUUAUCCCGAGGGGCUUCGCCAUCCACUUUGUCUUCCAACGUGUCCCAGGAUAUCGUCUCUGGGAAGAUCAUGUUAUGCCUAAACAUAGAGCCCAGCCUCAUAGAUUCUUUACAGAUUUCACCGUUCCCGAGCGAGAUCAGAUUAGAGAAUCGUUUAAUAAAGGGUAUCGCGAGCUGAAUAAGCUGGGAUGGGUGCCCUACUAUCCCUCGGCAACUGAAUUGAUCUGGGACCCCAUUGCCUCGAAAUUGUACUUUGUUGACUUUAGAGAUGUUCACUAG